AUGGCCUCUGGAAGUAGCUGGCGCAAGACCCAGCACACAUACCUGGACUUGAAAGGCAUCCAAAAGAACCAGGUGAUGUGGCUGGUAAAGGUCCCUAAGUACUUGUCCCAGCUGUGGUCCGAAGCUUCCAGCACUGAAGUAGGGCGGCUAAAGAUUGACAAGAAUCAAAAAAAGCCCAGAAUAUCAUUUACUUUGCGUGAGGAACUUACAAAUGCCCCGGGCAGUCAUGGACAAUCGACUGGGGUCAGCGCACCCCGAGAUCACCAGUUCUUCCUGGAGGGGGUCAGAGGGCAGCUCCUGGCUGUGCUCACGGAGGAUGCUGCCCACAAGUGCUCCUUGGAGGGGACAGUGGUGCAUCGGGUGGAAUGUAGGGCAGCUGCAAGCGACAACUACCUGAGACUGAAGAGAGUCCAGAUCCAGGAGGCUUGCAAGCCCACCAGAAUCACGCAGAAACUGGAUAAGGUGGUCACCACCAAUUACAGACCUGUUGCUGACCAUCAGCAUAACAUUGAGCAUGAGAAGAAGAAGAAAGAAAGGGGGAAGAGAGUGAGGGCCGACAAAGAGCAGGUUUUGGCUGUGCUCUUUGCUGCCUUCGAGAAACACCAGUAUUAUAACAUCAAGGACUUGGUUAACUUGACUCUGCAGCCGGUGGUGUACCUGAAAGAAAUCUUGAAUGAAAUAGGCAUCCGGAACAUGAAGGGGCCCCACAAAGGCCUGUGGGAGCUGAAGCCUGAGUACCGGCACUAUCCGACGGCUCCUAGGAUUGAGCCAGACGGCAGCGGGCAGUGA